GCGGGAACUCGCAGCGCCAAUGGGAAGAGAGCGAGUGCCACGAACGGACCAAUGAGGAGGGGGCGGCCCGGGGUUUAAACCCAGGCCCGGCAGGCUCCUCCCGGCGUGCUGCGGAGGAACGGCUGUUGGUGUCUGCCCGUGGCCAGCCGGAGGCCGGGGUCUUUGCUUCUGAUCGCCGAGCCUCUUCUUCAGGAGGAGCCAUGGCGCUCAGGGUCACUAGGAACACGAAAAUUAACACAGAAAAUAAGGCCAAGGUCAGCAUGGCAGGCGCCAAGCGUGUGCCUGUGGCCAUUGCUGCGGCCUCCAAGCCCGGGCUGAGACCAAGAACCGCGCUCGGAGAUAUUGGUAACAAAGUCAGCGAACAGGUACAGGCAAGGGUGCCUCUGAAAAAGGAACUAAAAACUUCAGUUACUGGAAAGGUUUCAGCUAAAAUCCCACCAAAACUUCUGGAGAAGGUGCCUGUGAGUGAGCCAGAAGUGGAACUUGCCGAGCCUGAGCCCGAGCCCGAGCCUGAACCUGUUAUGGAAGGAAAGCUUUCUCCUGAACCUAUUUUGGUUGAUAACCCCUCUCCAAGCCCAAUGGAAACAUCUGGAUGUGCCCCUGCAGAAGAAUAUCUGUGUCAGGCUUUCUCUGAUGUAAUCCUUGCCGUGAGUGAUGUGGAUGCAGAUGAUGGAGCGGAUCCAAACCUCUGCAGUGAAUAUGUGAAAGACAUAUAUGCCUAUCUCAGACUACUGGAGGAAGAACAGUCAGUCAGACCAAAAUACCUAAUGGGCCGUGAAAUCACUGGAAACAUGAGAGCCAUCCUAAUUGACUGGCUGAUACAGGUUCAGAUGAAAUUUCGGCUGCUGCAGGAGACCAUGUACAUGACUGUCUCCAUUAUUGACCGUUUCAUGCAGGAUAAUUGUGUACCCAAGAAGAUGCUGCAGCUGGUUGGUGUGACUGCCAUGUUUAUUGCCAGCAAAUAUGAAGAAAUGUACCCUCCAGAAAUAGGUGACUUCGCUUUUGUGACUAACAAUACUUACACUAAGCAUCAAAUCAGACAGAUGGAAAUGAAGAUUCUUAGAGUUCUAAACUUCAGUUUGGGUCGCCCUCUGCCUCUGCACUUCCUCCGUAGAGCGUCUAAAAUUGGAGAGGUUGACGUUGAACAGCAUACUUUGGCCAAAUACCUCAUGGAGCUCACUAUGCUGGACUACGACAUGGUGCACUUUGCUCCUUCGCAAAUUGCAGCUGGAGCUUUCUGCUUAGCACUGAAAAUUCUCGACAAUGGUGAAUGGACACCGACUCUGCAGCACUACCUAUCCUACACUGAGGAAUCCCUUCUGCCUGUUAUGCAGCACCUGGCUAAGAAUGUCGUCAUGGUGAACCGUGGCCUUACAAAGCACAUGACUAUCAAGAAUAAGUAUGCAACAUCCAAGCAUGCUAAGAUCAGCACUCUGGCACAGCUGAAUUGUACACUAGUUCAAAAUUUGUCCAAGGCUGUGACAAAGGCAUAACUCAAGUGGACUACUACAUCUGCAAAUUGGCACCAUGUGCCACGUGUACAUAGUAUACAGUGUUUACUUGCUCUUCAAUAAAGGUUGACGUUUUUACUUUCAAA